UCCUCCCUGUCCCCAGGCUUAGGAAAGCCCCAGAGUGGUGGGUACACGCACUUACCUUCAUGUACACACAACCACCUGGCAGAGCCCUGCGUGAAUCUGCAGUCUAGCCCGUGCAUGAGGAGGACAUGGACUAGGGUGGCCUGGGUGUGCUUUGUGGACCUGGUCCCGAGAGUGUCCAAUGGGACAUUUUGGAGGUGUUGCCCACCUACCUAGCUAGUGGACUGGAUCUGAGCUCACGGAACUUGAAUGUGUGCUUCCUGGUGUGCCCUGAGUGUUGGGGGCGUGGCCAGGAGCAAGGUGUCUUCUCAGAUCCUGGCAGCCUCCUCCCUUAGGCAGGUGGAGGAGGAGGGGGAGGCUCAGGCUAUACCUCUGGACUGCUGGAGCAGAAGGUCCUGGAACACGGACUCUUAAGUGUGCCCUUGGGAAAGGUCUUUCUAUUCUCUGGGCCUGGGUUUCCUUCUGAGGUACCUGCCCUCCACCCGAGACUCAGGUUGCUGAGCCCCUCCCACAGGUGUGUAGACCUAUAUCUUUGGUGGCCCAGAGAGGCCUCAGGCUCUGGCCAAGCUGUGGGUGGGUGGAGGGAGCGGUGUUGCUGGGGCAACCAAGCAGUUAUCUGGAGUGAGAGCCUUGGAUCUGCCUGGGGAAUUUGCAGCUGUGUCCCUGACUCUCAGCCCUGGGCCUGGGACCUUGAGGAGCUGAUGUGCCCCAUUCCUGACUUAGGAGCUCAGCCCUUGUUUACCUGGUUAGGGGGAAGCUGAAGACGACUUCGUCCUGCAUGGUUAAAGUCUCCAGUUUUGGAGCCAACCAGAGCUUGAGAAAUCGCCUAGCUCCCUGAGCCUCACAGGUCCAGGAGAGUAUAUUCCAGUACCUGCCUUAAAGAGCUAUCAUAUGUUCCAUGAGGGCAAAGAUGUUUGCUUUCCACCAGUACCUGGCAUGGUGCCUGGCAUGAGUGAAUUAAUCAUUUUGCAAGUGUUGGUCUACUUCUUUUUCUUUUUGAGUGGGACUAAUAAGAGGGGUGGAUGAGUCUGGCCCAAGUGGGAGUGAGGAGGGAAAGAUGUGGUCAAGAAACCUUGAAUUUGUGGCAAUGAUAGGGUCUCUCUGUCCUUCUGCAGAAGGUCGAUCAGGUUUGUAGCUGAUACAGUGGACAGAGCAUGGCUUUUAGAUUCAAAUUGUCCCGAGUGCAAAAGCUACCCUGCCAUUUACCAGCUUUAUAAUGCUUGCCCUCUCUGGCCUUCAUUUCCUCAUCUAUAAAAUGAGGAUUAAAGUGCCUACUUCUUAAGAUUGUUUAGAUUUCAAUGAUUCGUGGAUGUAUACUAUCCACCUCCAUAGAAGUUUGUUUUCCGGACAGUGAAGGCUCCACUGUCUACUUGAGUGGUCUCUGAGAGGUGAGGCAGGAAAUGAGGAAGGGGCUGCAGAGGGGUCUUGCAGCAUGGGACCCACUGUGAAUUCUUAGAUACCUAGGAAUUCAGAGAAAGAUGUUAGAGAGGGAUGUCCUUGGGCAAUUUUGGGGGACAGCACUUUAUAGUUCAUAGACUUUCUCUGCCAGGGUCUCAGCUACACUUUUUGGAGUUGCCAGAGGAUAUCUUUUAACACCAUUACUACCCAGCUUUACCUUCAGUACUACUGACCAAACUCCUGGGGCUCUGAAUAAAAUCUAGGCUCUGCCAAGGCCUAUGGGGCCCUCUGCCUGAUCUGGCUCCUGUCCUUUCAUCUCCUGCCAUUCUGUUCCUUGCUCACCAUAUUCCACUGGCUAAUGUUCUGGAAAACCUACCACUCCUGCCUCAAGGUCUUCACACUUGCCUAUACUGAUGAACAAGAUAAAGUCCUCUUACAUUAAUUAUAGCCCCCAGUACUAGCUUAGUAAAUAAGGCGAUUGAAUGAAUCAAUAGAAUAAUCUUAAAAAGAAGAAUUAUUGGCUUUGUUUCUUUACGAGGUCAUGAUGUGUGUGUGACAGAGCUGGAUUUGAACCUGGACCCGACUUCCUCCAAGUACUGCUCCCCUAACUGUCCUCAUGUCACCAAAGAACAGUUUCUCUGCUAAUUCUCUUCUCUCUGCCUGAUGAUCCAGCAGAGUCAUUGAGUCACAGAGUAAGGCCAGUGAGAAGAAUCCUGGGCUGGAGGAGCAGUAGGUGUGUGUUGAAGUCCUGCCUCUGCAGUGUGACCUUGGACAGUCAGUUCACAAUGCUUCUCUGAUGUCACAUUACCAAAGUGGGAAGAAAGUCCUUUGGAAAGUGUGGGGCUGAACAUACACAUCAGCCACUGUGAUUCCACUCUGGGCAUCUCCCUGAGCUGGCCCCCACCUCUGCAGGGGCCUCUGCCAAUGGCCUUGCCAUUCCCACAGGCAAUCCUGAUCUUCUGCCUUGCUGCUCCAUGCUCUGAGUUCUUCCCCAGGGAAUUACCCGGCACCAGACAGGAAGGCCAGAAGUGGGCACCAUGCCAAGUCUAGUCUAGUCUAGUGGCUCUUCUACCUACCAUCUGGCAGCUGGGAGCUCUGCCUUAGCUCUGGCUCCUGACUAUUGAGAAAAGGACUUGGGGACGUGGUUAGUGGUCCGCCCCUGGAAUUGAGUAUCUUCAGCCCUCCUAGUCAUACUGUCCACCAGAGCCGAGCACCCACACACUCCAGGCCUCAGUUUCCUUUUCAGAGUCAGAGGUUUCCUGCCCCUGCGCUCCACUUGAGGGGCGGGGUCGAUAGAGAGGCGGGACCAGUGGAGAAGGUGGGAGGAGGACCUGGAGAGCAGCCCCUCCCCCUCCUCUGCUCUGCAGUUUGGCGGGCGGGCGGGCGGUGGACCCGCAUCUCUUACCGCUGGGUUGUGGUGAAGGCGUCGCCUGGCGUUUUGGAGAGGUCGGGUAGGGACGGUGGCGUCCGCAGUUAUGGUGGUGUUCCUGGGCCGCCACCUCCCGGCGCUCCUCGGGCUCUUUAAGAAGAAGGGCUCUGCCAAGGCUGAGAGCGACAAACGUCUAAGUGUAGGGCCUGGUCAGGGGCCAGGGUCUGUAGUGGAUGAGCACCAGGACAAUGUCUUCUUCCCCAGUGGGCGACCGCCUCACCUGGAAGAGCUGCACACGCAGGCCCAGGAGGGGCUCCGUUCCCUACAGCACCAAGAAAAACAAAAACUGAACAAGGGUGGCUGGGACCAUGGAGACACCCAGAGCCUCCAGUCCUCUCGGAUGGGGCCGGAUGAAGAUAGCAUCUCCUUCUGCAGCCAGACCACAUCGUACACUGAGAGCUCCACAGCAGAGGAUGCUCUCUCCAUCCGCUCGGAGAUGAUCCAGCGCAAAGGCUCCACCUUCCGACCCCAUGACUCAUUUCCCAAAUCAUCUGGAAAGUCAGGGAGGCGUCGGAGGGAACGGCGGAGCACAGUGCUAGGACUGCCUCAGCACGUGCAGAAGGAACUCGGCCUGCGGAAUGAGCGGGAGGCCCCAGGUACUCCUCGGCCUCCUGGUCCACGGGAUGCCGUACGAAUUCCCACAGUGGACGGCCGCCCGGCGGGCCUGGCCUCGGGAACAGGGGUCCGGGUAUCCUUGCAGGUGCUGGAGGCAGAGGCAGAGGCUGGGGCCAAAGCAGAGGCCAUGCUGCAACGCCACAUCAAUCGCGUCUACCGGGAUGACACCUUUGUUGGCCGGUCCACAGGCGCCCAGCCCCCACCAACGACCCGGCCCAUGUCCCUAGCAGUACCUGGACUGACAGGAGGGGCAGGGCCUCCAGAGCCCCUGAGCCCAGCCAUGUCCAUCUCACCCCAGGCCACCUACUUGUCGAAGCUGAUCCCACAUGCUGUGCUGCCACCCACAGUGGACGUGGUGGCCCUGGGCCGCUGCAGCCUACGCACACUGAGCCGCUGCAGCCUGCUCUCGGCCAGCCCGGCCUCCGUCCGCUCCCUGGGCCGCUUCUCCUCGGCUUCCAGCCCACAGCCGCGCAGCCGCCACCCUUCCUCUUCCAGUGACACCUGGAGCCACUCUCAGUCCUCCGACACCAUUGUGUCUGAUGGCUCCACCCUCUCCUCUAAGGGUGGCUCUGAGGGCCGGCCAGAGGGCUCUGUGGUUAGCAAUAGUGGGGCACCCCCUCCUCAGGGGGGCAGCGGGAGGGGAUCUCCCAGUGGGGGCAGCACUGCUGAGGCCUCGGACACUGUCAGUAUUCGAAGCAGCGGGCAGUUGUCCGGCCGGAGUGUGUCCCUACGUAAGAUGAAACGGCCCCCACCACCUCCCUGCCGGACCUACUCGCUCCGUCAGCGGGGCUCAGCAGCCCCUGAUGGGCCCUUGGGGUUGCCUCCCAAGCCGGAGCGGAAGCAGCAGCCACAGCUGCCUCGGCCUCCCACCACUGGCGGGUCAGAAGGGAUAGGAGCAGCACCCUGUCCAUCCAGCUCAGCAGGCAGCUGGGUGCCUGGCUUGUCUCCGGGUGGUUCCCGGCGUCCCCCACGCUCCCCAGAACGGACUCUCUCACCCUCCAGUGGAUACUCAAGCCAAAGCGGUACCCCUACUCUCCCUCCCAAGAGUCUAGCAGGAGCACCUGCUUCCCCAGGCAAGGUCCAACCCCCUAAACCAGAGCGUGUCACUUCCCUCCGAACUCCUGGGACUUCUGUCUCCUCCUCCCUCACAUCUCUGUGUUCCUCCUCUUCUGACCCAGCCCCUUCAGAUCGUUCUGGUUCACAGAUGGCGACCACCUCGGGUGACAGGUUUGUCAUACCUCCUCACCCCAAGGUGCUUGCCCCCUUCUCUCCACCUCCCUCCAAGCCCAAGAGUUCUAACCAAUCUGCCCCUGCUCUGGCUGCCCCUGCUGUGGUCCCUGGGCCCAACUCUGCCACUGACGCCAUUCCCAAGUCCCCUCCAACUCCACAGACAUACCUGACCCCACCACAGGAGUCUCCCAUUCCCUCUAAAGACCGGUCACCCCCACCAUCCCCACCCCCAUCUUACCAUCCACCCCCACCACCCACAAAGAAGCCAGAGGUGGUUGAAGAGACCCCAUCUGCCCCACAGACUACUGAGGAGCCCCUCCAAGAUCCCAGCUGGCCCCCACCCCCGCCUCCUGCACCUGAGGAGCAGGACCUGUCCAUGGCUGACUUCCCCCCACCAGAGGAGGCCUUUUUCUCUGUGACUGGCCCUGAGCCUACAGGCCCUUCAGAACUCCUGGCCCCUGUCAGCUCCCUGGCUGCUUCACCUUCCUCAGCUACUGUUUCUCCCCACAUUCAGCCCCAUGAUACCACAGACCCUCCAGCUCCACCAGCUCUACCUGCUGGUUCUGUCACAGGGUUUCCGGCCAAACUCCCUCAGAAGGAACCAGUGGGCUGCAGCAAGGGCAAUGGGGUUCCCAGGGAGGAUGCCAGUGCACCCCUGGUUACGCCCUCACUUCUGCAGAUGGUUCGGCUGCGUUCUGUGGGUGCUCCCACAGUGGCUCCAACCCCAACAACGAUGCCAUCAGCCCCCCAGAAGCCACUACGAAGGGCCCUGUCAGGGCGAGCAAGCCCAGCACCUGCCCCUUCCUCAGGGCUCCAUGCGGCCGUCCGACUCAAGGCCUCCAGUCUGGCUGCCAGCGAGGGCCCUGCGAGUGCCCAGCCUAAUGGGCCGCCUGAGCCAGAGCCACGGUCUCCCCAGUCCCCUGCCUCUACGGCUAGCUUCAUCUUCUCCAAGGGCACUAAGAAGCUGCAGCUGGAGCGGCCCGUGUCCCCUGAGAACCAGGCUGACCUCCAGCGGAAUCUGGUAGCUGAACUUCGGAGCAUCUCAGAGCAGCGGCCACUCCAGGUCCCAAAGAAGCCACCUAAGGCUCCCCCACCUGUGGCCCGCAAGCCUUCUGUGGGAGUCCCCCCCUCCACUUCACCCAGCUUUUCUCGGGCUGAGCCCCUUACUGCUCCUCCCACCAAUGGGCUCCCUCAUGCCGAGGACAGGACUAAGGGGGAGCCAUCGGAGAAUGGAGGUGUCAUGCAGCUGGUGGGCCUAGAGGAGCAGAAGCUGGGUCCGCCUGGCUCAGACCCACAGAAAGAGCUGGUCUGACCACCAGGCACCUCACUGGCACUGCUGACCCAUCCCAGGAAUAUAAUCUCAGGGACCUGAGCAGCUCCAAGGAUGAGAGGAUACGGCAGACACUUAACCUAAUAGAGAGGUUGCCUGCAGCCUUAACCUCCAUGGCCUUCAAUAUUUAUGCAAGCCUGGUGUUGACCCUGUGUCCUCCAAGUCAUCCAGCUCAUGCCUUUUUCCGAAUGGAGUCACCUCUAGAGGCUGCCACUUCAGUCUUGGCCUUAGCCUCAUCUUGAAGGAGGUAGUGGGUGAGAAUGGGUGGUUGCGCCCCCUGCUGGCCCCGAGGCCAGAGUUCGGAGCAGAACACCUCACUUGAGUUAGUUUCUUUUUUUUUCAUGUCCAAAUCAUGCACAUACUGUAGUCCAGGAUCGAAGCACUUUUGGAAAGGGGCUGCAUGUCCAUCCUUCAGUGUCCAUGAAGCCGCAUUCCAGGGGUCUGUUUACUUGGCAGCAGCAUCAUCAGUCUCCAGUAGCCAGCCCAUAGCUAGGACCAUCCUCUCUCUCCCAUAGUUUGCUCCUUAGUUCUUGGAGGUGGGCAAGUCAUUGUAUUCGCACAAGCUUCUCUAGGCUGGAGGCAGGAGCGAGGCUGUGGAAUUCCAAAGCACAAAAGGUGCAGUGGGGGUUAACCUUCGUGUACCUCAACUUACCACCAACCACUCUCCUGCCUUGCAGUUCUGUUAGGUGCUCCAUGUAGGGGACAAGAAGUGGGAGACUGUCAGGGCCCAAAUGGGUAGGGGAAGAAAGAAUCGGGAGAUCCACAGAUUCUGUCCUCAGAAAGCAGAAUAGUCUAGGGAGUCAUCUCGGGGGCACUUGGCAAUGCCAAGUAUCUGCCUUGUGCUUCACCUGAUCAGGCUGGGGUGGGCAGUCACAGCGCUUAAGAGGCAGGAGCAGCCCUUGGGCUGUGGCAAAGCUGUGUCACUAUCAGCUCCGCAGGGAGUACCGAGAUGGACAGAGGGGAAGGUCUGGCAGGGGGAGAGCUUAUUUGGGCAGUGGGCCCAGAUACGGCCCUGCAGAGUUCCUUCUCUGAUGUUUCUUUUGUCUUGGUGCCUGUCCUUUCUGCAGCUGCCUUUCAGCACAGGUGGUUCCACUGGGAGGAGCUGAUGCUGAAUGACAAGGAUGGGAAGCCAAAGGUGCAUUCUAUUCCAGACUCUUCCCUAGUCAGUGAAGGAGCCACUCAGUGCUUUGAGGGAGCAGGCUGGUUGGUUGCCCACUAGACCUCUACUGAUCUCUCCAGGAAUUUUAACAUUUGUUUUGAGCCUGCUGGCUGAAGUAAGCCGGCUUCCCCAUUGUUCUCUGUGGCUCCACAGUGACUUGGGCUUGAGUCUGGCAAGGAACCUUGCUUUUAACCGUUUUCCUUCCACCAAGGAGAUCGAUCCCCUCCCAGAAAAACAGCUGGGAACACGGGAUGUGGUAGAAGCCCAGGUUUUUCUGGUUCUCUCAUUACCGUCUUUCCCCUGUAGCUGUAAACCAAUGUUCUUCUCUUGCCUUUCGGGUAAUGGAGGACUGCAGGUACAUGUUGCACCUGCCCAGUGAGUUGGGGAAAGAAGAUGGUCAGUAAGCAUUGCUCUGCUCAGCUCCUGAUCCAAACCUGUGGGAACGAGGACCGGGCCAAGGCCUCCAUGAAACCAGGUCUUGGCAGCAGCUCCAGGGCUGCUGGAGGGAGUUUGAAUUCUUUCCCUCCUUUCCCCUCUCAAUGUUACUCGAGCUCCUUCUUCCUCAGAAUCUUCUGAGCUUAUUUCUCCACUGGGUGAGACAGAUUACAAAGGAGAAGGGAGGAUCUAGAAGAAGCAACCAUUCUUUGUCCUCUGGGGUAAAUGAGCUUCAUCUAGUGCAAAUGGAGAGAUCAAAAGCCUGAUUUUUAAUUUCCAUAAAAAUGUUAGAGAAAUAUAUAUAUAUAUUUCUUUAAAUUUUUGAGUCUUUGAUAUGUCUGUACAAUCCAUUCCUUCUCCCCUGAAGCCUGAGUGAGACACAUGAAAAAGUUCUGUUUCAUUCAAAGGUGUUAAUUAAAUGAUUAAAACUUG